AUGGAAAGUUUGAUAUCUUUGGUGAACAGACUUCAGAGAGCUUGCACUGCACUCGGAGAUAAUGGAGAAGAUAACGCGUUGCCUACUCUCUGGGAUGCGCUGCCAUCUAUAGCUGUCGUCGGUGGUCAGAGUUCCGGAAAAUCAUCAGUUCUCGAGAGCAUUGUUGGAAAGGACUUUUUGCCUCGUGGAUCUGGCAUUGUUACUCGACGACCUCUUGUCCUACAGCUUCAUCGCAUUGAUGAAGGUAGAGAAUAUGCUGAGUUUGGACAUCUUCCAAGAAAAAGUGUUCCAAUAUAUCUUAGCAUUUAUUCCCCAUAUGUUGUGAAUUUGACACUGGUCGAUCUUCCUGGACUUACGAAAGUAGCUGUUGAGGGUCAACCUGAAAGCAUUGUGCACGAUAUUGAGAACAUGGUCCGAAGUUAUAUUGAGAAGCCAAACUGUAUUAUUUUGGCAAUUUCUCCUGCCAACCAAGAUCUUGCAACAUCAGAUGCAAUCAAGAUUUCUCGUGAAGUAGACCCGAAAGGAGAGAGAACAUUUGGAGUUCUAACGAAGAUUGAUCUCAUGGACAAGGGUACUGAUGCUGUCGAUAUCUUGGAAGGAAAGGCAUAUAAGCUGCAGUUCCCAUGGAUAGGUGUUGUUAAUCGCUCUCAAGCAGACAUUAACAAAAAUGUGGACAUGAUUGCUGCUAGGCGUAGAGAGCGGGAAUAUUUCGCUCAAACUCCUGAGUAUAAACAUCUUGGUCACAGGAUGGGUUCUGAGCAUCUCGGGAAAGUUAUGUCCAAACAUUUGGAGUCCGUUAUCAAAUCUCGAAUUCCAGGACUGCAGUCACUUAUUAACAAAACUAUCAUUGAGCUAGAAUCUGAGUCGAGUCGUCUGGGGAGGCCCGUUGCUACUGAUGCUGGAGGAAAACUGUACAUGAUUAUGGAAAUUGUUCGUAUCUUUGAUGGAAUAUUCAAAGAACAUCUAGACGGAGUUCGAUCAGGUGGUGAUAAAAUAUAUAAUGUCUUCGAUAACCAACUGCCUGCUGCAUUGAAAAGGUUGCAGUUUGACAAGCAUCUUGCGAUGGAAAAUGUUCGAAAAUUAAUAACUGAAGCAGAUGGAUACCAGCCUCAUCUUAUAGCACCUGAACAAGGUUAUCGUCGUCUCAUUGAAACUGCCUUGGUUACUAUUAAAGGUCCUGCUGAGGCAUCUGUUGAUGCGGUUCAUGGAAUACUAAAGGAACUGGUUCACAAAUCAAUUAGUGAGACUGUGGAGCUGAAGCAGUAUCCCUCUCUCAGAGUGGAGGUUGGGCAUGCAGCUGUUGAAUCGUUAGAGAGGAUGAGGGAUGAAAGCAAGAAAGCAAGUCUACAGCUAGUUGAAAUGGAGUGCAGUUACUUAACUGUAGAUUUCUUCCGCAAGCUUCCUCAAGAUAUUGAUAAAGGAGGAAAUCCAACUCAUUCAUUGUUUGAUAGAUACAAUGACUCAUAUCUCAGACGUAUUGGAUCAACUGUUUUGUCUUACGUCAAUAUGGUAUGUGGAGGUCUCAGGAACUCCAUUCCAAAGUCUAUUGUUUAUUGUCAAGUUCGCGAGGCAAAACGUAGCUUACUUGACCAUUUCUUCACCGAGCUAGGCAAAAGAGAGGCAAAUCAUUUAGGCAAACUGUUGGACGAGGAUCCAGCGAUUAUGCAGCGUCGCGUGUCUCUUGCAAAGAGACUGGAGUUAUACAGAGCUGCUCAAGCUGAGAUUGAUUCAGUGGCCUGGUCAAAAUAG